GUAUACCGAUAAGACUUAUCGUAGCUCGCACAGCUCUAACGCAAACAGGCCAGCUGUGAUUUUGUUGUUUUUCUUUUGUACAGGCAACCAUGACCAGUGUUGAAGAAACUGAAAAUCCAUUUGCGGCGCUGCUGAAUAGUGGCCCCAACCCCAAUGGCGUAUCCAAGCAGCUGAUUGAAAAAAUUCUGCUUUUCACACUAAACAAUGAGCUGGCCAAAGAUGUGCAAAGCAAGCGUAACACAGCAAUCUUAUGCCUGGCUGAAGUGAUUGUGGCCGACAACAGUGCAGAUGAUACAUUGACGGAGGAGUUGCUGGCCCAUGCGCUAUUCGAGCGUCUCAUGCUGAGUGAUGCCUCAAAGUACUUGAUUUCAAACAGUCAAUGCAGCGCCAACAGCCAAGAAGAGGCCGCGGAGACACGCGCUAUGCAGUAUUUGUAUGGUGCUUUUACCAGAUGCGAGCAGCUGCAGCGUAACUGCAUUGAUCAAGAGAAGGAGCAUUGCAAGCGCAUAUUAGAGUUGAUACUUAACAAUGCCAGCACUUGCAUGCGUCAGCCUGAACUGUUUGCACCUCAAUCCUUUGCAGCACAAUGGUUGGAGCUGUUUGAGCAGUCCGAUGAGCAUGAUACCAGCACUCAGGAGUUUUUGGUGCGUGUGGCCUGUAAGGUGAUCGAGGAGGACGAACCUUUGGAAGCACUGGGUGCGCUGAAAGCCAUAUUUUAUCCCAUGCUGAGCGAUCUGCACAAGCAAUUGGUUAAAGAAAAUUUAAUUACCAUAAAAAAGAACAUCUUUUGGAUUUUGGGCUUCUUUGUGCGCGACAAACGCGCUGGCAUGCUAGGCGAGCUGCUCAUUGACUAUACCACACCAAAUCCCAAGGCAAAAGGUGGCGAAUACAUGGAUACACUUUUUGGUCAGUUGCUUUGCAUUUCGAUUAUGCCCAAGUGGCAAAAUGCGCCCUAUGAAUUCUUUCGUGAAAUUACGCUAGUAACUCAACAAUCGGACCCAUCGCUCUGGGGGCUGUUGGCGCAUCAUCAGCAGUCUAUGUUUGCAUUGAUGAAGCAGCUGCUUGUGCUGUCACCGGCUACCAAGAAGAAGACACUGCAAUGGAUUGCAAAUUGCUUGGAUGCAAAUGUGGCGCGUGGACAUUUAUGGAGCACCAUGAAUAUGAAUCUAGAGCAAACUGUGCAUAGCACUGCCAGUGAUGCAUUUAUGACCAGUCUAAGUGCUGUUCUAAUGCGUUUGUGUGCACCACUCUGUGCGCCCUCCUUAAAGGUGAUGCUGGUCGAUCCCACCUAUUGCGCUGUUGCCGAGGCCAGCGACCGCCAGGCCAAGGGCGUGCACAUGCUGAAGGCCUACGAAGAAACCUGUUUGCUGCCCGCUGAGGAAGGCGAGCAGCGUCUAACAGCGGAGAAAUACAAUUUUAUUACCGAGAUAUUUUACAUGGCACAGAAAGCCUUUGAGCUGGGCAAUCGCGCCUGCAUUGAGCGUCUCAAUCGCAUGAUGCGUGAGCUACAGAAUACCCAAAACGCAUAUCAAGAGGUUGCCACACGAGAUCCCAACAAUGAUUUAACCAAAAAUCUAUUUCGCAUGCUGCAGGAUCAAAUGCAGCAGGUGCUCUGCAUACGCAAUGGCCUCGCCGAGCCACAAAAUGACACCGCCAUACUGAAGUUCUUUGAAGCCUCGGCCAUUUGGUUAACAGAGAUUGCCAUGCUGCCGCGUGAAAGCUACGAGACGGCACUGGACAAGAAGGACUUUGCACCACAGCUGUUGCGCAAUCUGGAGCUGCUCUCGCUCUCGCCGCCUUUUGUGGCGCCCUAUAUGAAAAGUGUGCCAGAGUGCAUUAUAGACAACAUUGCUGCGUAUUUAAAUUUCUGUCGCAGCUUUGCGGGCGAUCAAUUUAUACAAAUGUACGCCAGCUCACAUGAUGCUUUCUUCAAGAUGAUUCUGCUGUUCAUGGGCAGUGCUGAGCUGGUAAAGAAUCCACAUUUGCGCGCCAAGCUAGCGGAUGCCUUGGAGUUUUUAUUGCCCAACUCGCAGGCCGCAACCAACAAUCGAAAAUCAUUCCAUACGCACAUCUUUGACAGUCAUCCGGAUCGCUUACAGCUGGUGCGCAGUCUGCUUAAUGUGUUUGUAAGCAUUGAAAUGACCGGACAGUCGGUGCAGUUUGAGCAAAAGUUCAAUUAUCGCCGUCCCAUGUAUGCUAUUAUGGAGUUUCUGUGGACUAAGGAGGAGCAUGUGCAGUCCUUUAGGCAGCUGGCCACUGAGGCGGAGUCCAACAUGGAGGCCAUUGAACCGCCAUUGUUUUUGCGUUUCAUCAAUCUGCUCAUCAAUGAUGCCAUUUUUCUACUAGACGAAUCGUUAUCCAAUCUGGAGCAAAUCAAGCAGCUGCAGCAGGCGCAGGACGCAGGCGAAUGGAACAAUUUGUCGCAUAGUGAGCGUCAGCAGCAGACCACAAAUCUGCAUCAUCUAGGCAUGCUGGCCCGCUUUGACAACAUCCUGGGCCGCGACACCAUCAACAUUCUGAAGCUGCUGACCACGGAAAUCAAGAGCAUCUUCUGUCACAACAGCAUGGUGGAUCGCAUUGCUGCCAUGCUCAACUAUUUUCUGUUGCAUUUGGUCGGACCGCGGCGAGAACGCUUCAAGGUCAAGGACAAGAAGGAGUUUGAGUUUGAUCCAGCCCAGACGGUGCUAGAGAUUGCGCACAUUUAUAUUAAUCUAAGCACCGACAAUAGCUUUUGCCUGGCUGUCUCGCAAGAUGGACGCUCCUAUAGCGAUCAGCUCUUUGGCUAUGCGGAGAAUAUAUUAAUACGCAUUGGUGGUGGACAGCUUAUAGGCGACAUGUCUGAGUUUGCACUAAAGGUGCAAAAGAUGAGCGCCGACUAUAAAGUGGAGCAGGAGCUGCUGGCCGAUGCGCCCGAAGAGUAUUUAGAUCCGAUUAUAUCCACACUUAUGACCGAUCCUGUGGUGCUGCCCAGCUCGAAUGUUACUGUCGAUCGCUCGACCAUUGCGCGUCAUCUGCUAAGCGAUCAAACCGAUCCCCCUUUAAUCGUGAACCUCUGACCAUGGACAAGGUCAAGUCGAAUGAAAAGCUCAAGCUGGAGAUUGAGCAAUGGAUUGAGGGGAAGCGCAAUGGCGCUACUCGCUCCAAAAGUUGA